AUCAAAUUACCCCCCUGUGCCCCACGUUGGGAACCACGGGAGUAGAAGAUCCUCAAAUUGCUCCCUUCCAAAUCGACGAUUCUGCUAAUCCGGAUUACCUGCGCGAGAAACAAAGAAGGGGCGGGGUUUGGCUACGGCCCCUCCCACACAGGGAGGAUCCCUUCCCUACUUAAAUCCACCUCCCGCUCCCACGCGGCUUUUGGAUACCUUCUUCGAGGAGAUCUGCGCGCCGGCGCUGGAAGUGGGCUCCUUGGGUGACCUUUGUCCUUUCCCCUGCUUGCCAGAGCUGAUGCUCAAGAUGUCCUGCUCUCACGAGAAGACCACGCGAAGCCUCUUAGUCUGCCUGGCUCUCGUGACGCUGGGCGACACCCGGCUUUCCUUCCGGAGAAAAGGGUGUAGACCACCAGAGCCGCCCGCUCACAGUGCCUAUCGAUGCCAGCCCCCCCUGUGCCAGGAGCCUCUUCUGGACUCGGACCUGUUCGGACCUGAAUCGGUGCUGGAAUUCUACUGCCUACCUGGAUACGUCACGACCAGCCUGCCAGCCCUUGCCAUCUGCCGAGGAGGGCAGUGGAAUAUGUUGAGAGACCUCGCUUGCAUGCCCCCAGGAACUCCGCGUCCCGACGCCUUCCUCUCCGCGGCUUCCGUCCCCAUGGUGCUGGCUGCCGCCGUGAUCUUUUCCGCCAUUCUGGUGACGGUUGUGGCUUGCGUCCUCCUGAAGACGAGACUCCACUUCUGCCGCUGCCUCAGUUCCUACGAGCCCCUGGACGACCCGUUGGAGCAAGUGGAAGAGCUAGACGUGCCCGGACUGGACUGCAGCGGAGGCCCCCUCCCCUCGUACGAAGAGGCCGUCUACGGUCACACGGGGUGCCCCUCGCCGCCGGGGGUGCAGGGCCCGACCCCUCUGGUCCUUUCCCAGGAAGCCCGGGCCCCCCCAGAUCUCUGCGGCCUCGGAGAGGAGCCCCCUUCCUACGAGGACUCCUUGGUGGCAGCUUCUACCGAAUCGGGACCUGCCCCAGGAAGAGAGUCACCCUCCCAGCUCCCCACAUCGCUCUUGCCCCCGGGUGUUGGAAAGAAGGACGGUCCUUAGCCAAGCUUGCAGCGCUUUUGUUGAUCCGCCUUGGAGCCACGAUUUGAGGGACUGACUUAAUACCCCGGCCAAUGGUCCUGCAGCAGUGGAGCCAUAUUGCAGAUUCAAUGGGCUGGUUGGUUUUCCGUGUCGGGACACAAAUAUGAAUUCCGUCCUAAGAAGUUUGGUUGUUGUUUUUCUUAAUUUACGUUUUUAUUUUAUUUUAAAGCCUUUUUCUUAAUUCAUUUUAUUUCCCAAAGCAAAACGUGAGUGUUUGGAGAUGGGGGAAACUCAUCGUUCCUUCUCUCCAAAGGCUUCCUUGCCUGCUGAGCUCAGAAUUCACGCAGCUUGGAGGCUGCACUGAGUGCCUCCAGGGGACCAGUUUGGACCUGCCCCUGACCGGUCCCUUGCCCCAGUAACGGAUGGAAGUCUUGGCCCAAAUGGACCGGGGGAACUGUUCAUAUAUUGACUCCCUCCGCUGAAUUUGGUUCUGCAAGAGCAGACUUGUGACUUUGCUGAAGAGGCCAACCCGAAAGCAGUAUUGACAUUUGCAAGAACUCUGGGUUAAUCGCCCCAUGUUGUCUGAGUGUACCAAUAUACUUUU